GGGUUGGGGGUUUUAAUGGUGGUGGUGUCGUGUUUCGUUAAAAAAACACUUCACAGUGGUGCCUCUGACUUUCCUAAGGGCAGCAGAGGAGAAGGAAGGAGAGGAGGGAUUUUCUUGUGUGUGGAGUGUGGAUUCUCCUCCUCCUGAUCUUCUGAUUGGUUGCUGCUUCCAGAGCAUGUGGAAACCCACAUCCAAACUUUACCAGUUCAAGAAAAACUCUGCAAAGUGUAGGAUGAACUAGGAGGCCGGAUCCCAGCAGCGGCAGCAGCAUGAGUGAGUUACAGUAUGAGGCAGAUAAAAGAGUGCUGAAGGAGAGGCUGAUGAGGCUAUGAUUCUGUCUCCUUAUGUCUCUUUUUGUUUUCUAGAUACUUUUCUUAGAGUUAGGUAUAUUAGUAAUUUUUUAUUUAUAUCGGAAUAUAGAAAAGGUCUUUUUAGUUGUUUUAAUUUUAAAGUUUCAAAAGUAUUUUUAGACUGAAUGUAAACAAAAUGUCAGUUUAGUGAGUGGACAGAAGAAAAUACUUAUACCUGCCAUCAUCAUGCUGCUGCCUUUGCUUCUGGUUUUGGUUCUUUGCUCCGAGUCUCACUCUUCUGAGUCAUCAUCAAUAACUAUCCAGUACCAAGUUCAGGAGGAGCAGAUACCAGGAACUCAGGUCGGCCGGCUGUUGGAUGACCUCCGGCGGAGAGACGAGGUUGGUCCCCUGGAAGAUUUCCAGGUGGUAGAAAACGGAAGAGCCCUUCCCUUCACUGUCAGCACCAGAGAUGGUGUUGUCUCCACCCAAGGACGACUGGAUAGGGAGGCGCUGUGCCGAGGUUCUGACCUGUGUGAGGUGGCCUUCAGUGUCCUGUACAGGAAAAGUGGUGCUAUGAACUGCUUAAGGGUUCAUGUGGAGGUGAUGGACCUAAACGACCACAGCCCUACCUUUCCCAGCACUCUGCAGGAGGUGGAGAUUUCAGAGACAGCCAGCCUCAGAAUGAGAAUCCCUCUGGACCGUGCGGUGGAUCCAGACGCUGGCCCGAAUGGCCUCCAAACGUACUCACUGUCUGUUAACCAACACUUUGCUUUGGAUGUGACUGUUGGUCCGGAAGGAACAAAACAAGCAGAGCUUGUCGUCAUUAAGGCACUGGACAGGGAGGUGGAAAGCUCUUUUAACCUUACACUGGUGGCGUGGGAUAAGGGCAAUCCGCCCAAAUCUGGGAGUACAAUAGUUAGAAUCAUCAUUCAGGAUUCCAAUGACAACAGUCCCACCUUUGAGAAUUCCACACCCACUGUGGAGCUACCAGAGGACACAGCCCGUGGGACAACCAUCAUCAACCUCAAGGCUACUGACCCUGACCAGGGUGCUAAUGGAGAAGUGGAGUAUUUGUUAAGUAAGCACACUCGUUUAGAAGUGCAAAGGCUCUUCUAUGUGGACCCCCACAGCGGUGCUGUGAGUCUCAGAGCACCCCUAGACUAUGAGGCCCACCCCUCUUAUGAAGUGGUAAUCCAGGCCAGAGAUCAAGGGCCCAACGCAAUCCCAUCACACUGCAAAUUACAUGUAAAGCUAACAGAUGUCAAUGAUAAUGCACCAAGGAUACACAUGACCUGGACUCCACCAGAAUCACCUGCGGCAACGGUGCUAGAAGGAGCACGGAUUGACACCUUUCUGGCUCUGGUGAUGGUCUCUGACGCAGAUUCAGGGAACAACGGCAGAGUGACAGUACGGAUUGAACAGGGAUCUGGUCCUUUUCGCCUCAAGCACAUCCAAGGUGACAAUUAUAUGAUUGUAACUGAUGGCCAGUUGGAUCGAGAGAAGGUAAUGCAGUACAACAUCAUUCUCCUUGCCCAGGAUCAUGGCGAGCCUUCAUUGUCUUCUGUUAAACAACUGCCUGUUCAUGUUCUAGAUGAGAACGAUAAUGCCCCAGUGUUUACUAAAUCCCACUAUAGGAUUACUGUGAAAGAGAACAAUGUUGCAGGCUACCACGCUCUCAAAGUUGAGGCCAACGAUGUUGACCUGAAUCUCGGUGGAAGAGUAUCUUAUUUCAUUUACAAUUCUAACAGCAUCAACAACACCCAGUCUUUCUCUGUCCAUCCAACCAGUGGUGUUAUAAGCAUUAAUCAUCCUCUGGAUUAUGAAGAAUCCAAAAGCUACUCUUUUAUUGUAGAGGCCGUUGACCAUGGUCAUCCACGACUUACCAGCACAGCAACUGUGCAAAUUGAUUUAGAAGAUGUGAAUGACAACUAUCCUGUCAUUAAGGAACCAAAACCUAAAAAUGAUGUAGUGUCUUUGAGUGUACCUGUUAAUGCAGACCGAGGGGAGAUAGUGACAGAACUUGGUAAAGAAAUGGAGGACAUGCUAUCUGAUAUGGCAAUUAGUCCUCCUGUUGGGAAAGAACACACUGGAUUUCUUGCCUCCACCAUAGAAGCUGAAGACGCAGACUCAGGGAUUAAUAGUGAACUUCAGUACUUCAUUAGUCAUGGAAACCCCAGAGGUCUCUUUGUGUUGGAUCAGGUUACAGGGCAGCUCUUUGUUAACACCACAAAUGCAACUGAGCUAAUUGGGAAAACAUUCAAGAUGGAUGUUUCUGUAUCAGACAAGGGUACACCCAGUUUGACCACAAAAGUGAGCUUAGAGGUAACAUUUAUAAAUCUCAAGGACCACCUGAAGAACUCAUCACCUGGCAACAGUGGGCAGCUAAGUUUCACAAUGAUGAUAGCUGUCUGCCUGGGUGCUACAUGCCUCUUGCUUCUGUUUGCCAUUGCUUUGGUGACAACACUGUGCCGCCCUGAGAAAAGGGACAACCGCGCUUACAACUGCAGACAGGCGGAAUCGACCUACACGCGCCAUCCUCGUCGACCACAGAAGAACAUCAGAAAAUCUGACAUUCAGCUUAUCCCUGUAAUACGCGGAAGAAAAGAAGAGUCUUCUGAGGAUGACAGUGAAGCCCAGCCGUUGUCCCCACCUCCAGCUUUGUCAGUGGAGCAACAAAAAGAAAGAGAAUAUAACUUAAUGCCAUCAAUCUUGAACACAAGCUUUCAUUCUCAAGGCUACCCAGAAGGAGAAACAACUCAACCAGUAACCCAUCACUGCAGAACUCUCAGAAAACCUGGAAACAUUGAACUUGAUGGUUCCUCUCUCCUACCUCUGACGCCGGCAUCAUCCUACCAAACUCUAACCCGAAAAACCAGGAACACUUCAUCAUCAUCUUCAACAUCAUAUUCAAGCACAUUAAAGCGCAAAACUCAACCUAAAAAGGAAGAGGCUGACCAGGCAUGUAUGGGGUCACAAGCUACUCUCAGGAGGCCAAAGACAUCGGAAAGUCAGGGAAUCCGAGACGCAGAGCAUCGGCAAAUGCUCAGAAACCUGGUUCGUCUGUCCAUGGCAGCGUUUGGAGACUCCAUUGAGCUGUCCUCUGCUUCACCAGAGGUGCAGCAGAUCUCUCAGCUCCUCUCCCUCCUCCGACAGGGGCAGCUGCAGCCAAGGCCAAACUUCCGAGGGAACAAAUACUCUCAUCGCAACAGAUACGGAGGUCAGGACUGUUCUGAUUGGCAGAGCACCAAAGACAGUGGACACGGAGAAAGUGAGGCUGGAGAUGUGGACUGGGAAGCUGGAAGAGACUCACCCAUAGACCCACAGCUGGAAGAGGGUCUGAACAACCUUCUGAACAAUCCAGAUGACGUCUUCUCAGAGGUCAGUGACCCGGCCUGGAUGGCCAGACUCUCACUUCCUCUCACGGGUGAUUACCACGACAACGUUUUUGUCCCCAAUGGUCCACCAUCAUCUGAAAGUGAGCAGCGUCCUCGGGAUUGCCUUGACUCCUCGUCCUUCUCCACCUUUGGUAAAACUCCAGAGAAGGACGGCCCACUAGGCGGCGCUCUCUUAUCCGAGGUCAGCACCCUGUUUGAGAUGCUAAUGACUCAAAAAGCUGAUGCCCACCCAGGCCCCCGACCUGAAGUCCUGUACCGACUCUCUGCAGCCUAUCGCCGCUCACUGGGCCUGGAUGGCAGUGGAGCGACAGCCGCAGCCGGAGGAGGAAACGCAGCAAGAGGUGCUGGGAACGCUGAGAAGCGAUCAGGUCUGGCUACAACAUCAGAACUUUGCCAGGAAAUGUAACGUGUGCUGGGACAAGAGACUCCAAGCUGAGUGACUCCAGCUCCAAGAGAUGUUUUUAAAACGAAAGAUGACUAAUCCACAGAAAAAGGAAACUAUUAAAUACCAACGAUAAAACAAAAGUCAAUAUAAACAAUGUGAGAGCAUUUGUGAUUUGAAGGAGCAAAGAAAGUGACAUGAUCCAGCAGAGGGCGCACUUGAAACACCUACACUAGGGCUAUUGAAUUAUAAAUUUACAUGAGCCAGAUUUUCAUAACACUAAAGCCAAUUGGGUCAGACAUUUAUGGUAGCUGAUGUACCGGUGGUAACUACAAUAUCAUGACCAAAACGUAUGAAUAUAUUAAAAAAUACUAAAUGCAUUGUGGGUUGCAUAUCACUGGGGUGAAGCAAUCUGACCUAUUCCAUAGCAGAAAGUUUUGUUUACUCACAAGGAGUAAUUCUUUCAGUUUUAUUCUGUGUUUCUCAAACGACUACAGAUUGGACCACUUUGAGGUUAUGUCUGGACCGCAUGUGGCCCACAGGCCACUAUUUGGAAUUGGCAAGAUCGAAACCUCCAAUUUUUUAUUUGGGAAAGAAGACAAUAACAUUAUGAUGUUUUGCUGUGAAAAUGGAGGACAUGCCCCAGACAAACCUCUUCAGUUCAGACGCCAGAGAAAACCAACGCAAAUGUUGAUGUAAAUAUGUAGAACCGAGUCAGCCUCACUGAUACUGGUGGAAACAGUCAUAUCACUGUUUCUUGCAGUUGCUGUAACUGGCAAAAAGCCAAAGCCAGACUACAGACUACACAUUAAAGUGAAUGUGAGCUGAAUUGGCAGAAGAAGAGUUUCCACAAUCUCCCCAGGAAAUAAAUCAUUUUGGACUGUGUAGAGUUUCAAAUUUCUUUUACACAUAUUUUUUGGUCAUUCUAAUUGAUUGGUCAUUUUGUGUAUAAAAUGUCAGAAGUUGUACAUUUUGAACCAAACCUAAGAGUAACAACAUUCUCAAAUGUUUUGUUUUGUCAAUGAGCCAAAGAUUUGCUGUUAAAGGUAAAUAAAGACAAAUAUAUAUAUUAUGGGUUAUUUGUUGGUUGAGUUAACCAAUCAAAAAGGGAAAGGAGGAAGGAUACGAGUCCAGCUUCGUUUUGUUUUGCAGUCACAGAAUAUCUUUAGCUUCAUUUCAGUGUUUCUGACUCACUUGGUCACAAACAUCAAGAGAAAACGCCAAUAACUCGCAGGAAAUCCCUCUUUGUUUUUCUGGUCUUCUGAAUGACAAAGAGCAAAGCACAGGCGAAACACUGCUCAGUCUAAACAUCCCAAGUUCAACAGCAUUUCUGUGUUGUUUCACCAGAGAUUCGCUGUAUACGUUUGUUUGAUGAAUGUUUCCUUUAAAUUUCAACCAAACCUUUUUUUUUCUCUCUUGUGAGUUUUCUGUGUUUUGCAAACAAGACAAAAAGCACUUUGUAAAUAGUCUUUUGUAAAAAAAAAAAAAAAAAAAAAAAAAA